UUAACUCCAUGAAAGAUCGAAUUCGAUUGUGAUGUCUCUGUUUCGCUCUGUUAUGUUUCAGGAAUUGUUAGAUGUUCCUCUGUUUUUGAGUCUGCAUAAUCUGUUUCCCGAAACAAGAAGGCGGUCGGUCUUGGGCUGCCUGAGAGAUCUUCGAGUAUGGAACAAAGUGGACGAAAACACCGCCUUUAAAAAGGAAACUGUAAUAUCUUAGCAGUCAUUGAUCAAAUCCAGACAGACCGUCCAAAAAACAAAAACCCUUAUUAAGCCGUCGACUUUCUGACCUUGUAUGUAAGAUUGGAAGCUGUUGUUGUUUCGAAUCGAUUCAACCCUCAAAUCUGUGUUAGUAUAAGCCAAGUUUGGAGCUAUGGUGUGGUGUAACCAUUGUGGGAAGAACGUUCCCGGAAUACGCCCCUUUGAUGGUGCAUUGUCAUGUGAUUUAUGUGGCAGGAUUUUGGAGAAUUUCAAUUUCGUGUGGCAGGAUUUUGGAGAAUUUCAAUUGAGCCUCUUGUUUCAGUAAUUCAGUGCUGAUGUGUGUUUUCUAAAUAAUAUUAUUCAGGUGAAAAUUGUGCAUAUAUGCGAAGCAACUCUAACUAAAAGAUUGAUUGAGUUUGGAAAUACCGAGGCUGCAAGUUUUACUGCUGAUGAGCUCAGUAAAACUGAAAGAGAAAGAAAAAAAGAAACGGAAUUGCGUAGUAAAAGGAAUCCAAUUUCUUACAAAGAAGGAGUAGUGCUCUGUAUGCAUCAAGAUUGUAAACCUGUUGAUUAUGGAUUAUGUAAGAGCUGUUACGAUGAGUUCAUGAAAGUUUCUGGUGGACUUGAAGGUGGGUCGGAUCCUCCCGCCUUCCAGCGAGCAGAGAAAGAGAGAAUGGAGGAAAAAGCUUCUAGAGAAGAAAACGACAAACAACUAAAUUCGGAUGGACAUUCGGAUGAAUCAAGCACCUUGUCUGACGUUGAUGAUAGAGAGUUGGAUUGUUAUUUUCGGAACCCAGAAGAAGUGCGCCAGGUUGAGAUCGUCUUUGAUCUAACAAACCCCGAAUAUAAUGAGAAGGAAGCAGCUAAGGAAGCAGCAGCUUUAAACGCGAGCAAUAAUGCAAGCAACCUUUUCGAAGCUUCUAAAGCAGCUGCGGCGAAAUCUAGAAAAGAAAAACGACAACAACGUGCUGAGGAAGAAAAGAACGCGCCUCCUCCUGCUACAGCCAUGGAAGCUGUUGGUAGAAUGGUCAAGAGAAAGAAAUUUCGCGGAAUUCACUGCGAAUAUUUGGAUCUUGAUACUUCAGCUGAGAAAUCACCCAAGAGAUCAAAGAAGAAGGAAGAGCAUGAGAUUGUUGAAAACGAACAAGAUGAAGAAGACUACGCGGUACCAUACGAGAUGAACACAGAUGAGAAAUUCUAUGAAGGCGAAGUGGAAGAGGAAGAGGAUGGUUACGAUUUUGGAUUGUAUUAAUCAUACUUUAUAUUAUCUAAUAAUUAUAUUUUUGAGGACAAAUUUAUUUUGCCCGGACUAGUUAAACAAAUUUAUUUUCAUAAAAGCUUUUAAUUUGAAA